ACAAAAAUAACAAAAAGUAAUCAUUAUUGCUCAGUUCCUCAGUGUAGAAAUGAUUAUGCGUGCAGUGUCUCAAUGCACGGAUUCCCCCCAUAACAAAUACAAUGAAAGUUUGUAGUGCUCACUUUACAAAAGAGGAUUAUAUUUUACCAGACGUUGCACAUAAACGUAAAUGUUUAAAGAAGACUGUCUGUCCUAGCAGAAAUUUACCUCAAAUACGGCAUCAAUCGGCAGUUAAUCAUAAAGCUAAGGCAAAACGUGAAGACCGCUACGUCCGUCGACAACAACUGUUAGAAAAAUCUGUGCGUUUGGAAGCAGCCGACACGCUUCUUUUAUUAGCAAACACCGAGGCAAACACGCAAACUAAAGAAGAAGAGCCGGUUAAUGAAAUGUGUUAUGAGACUGAAAGUUCUUUGAAUGUGUUGUAUAAGGACGUUUCUGUUCAAGUAAAUACGUAUUUAGAUCAGCGUGAGUUUAGCAUUGCAGACAUUAUCAACAAUGACUACAGAAUUAAAUUCUGCACAGGAAUUUCCAAUGUGACGUUGUUCAACGUAAUCGCAAAUACUUUAAGUGUACAGUUUGCAACAAGUAAUAGGAACUAUACAUUCUGUGUUCGCAAGAGGAUUUUGUUGACUUUAAUGAAAAUUAAAUUAGGAUUAAGUUUUCGCUUCUAA